UCCGGGUGCCUAAACCGGAAGUGGCGCUCCCCCAUCCGGGCAGGAUGGUGGCGGCAGUGGCGGCUCUGCCCGAUUCGGUGUUGGUGCGGAUCCUGACGCUGUUGCCGUUGAAGGAGCGGCUGAGAGCGGCGAGCGUCUGCAGGCGGUGGCACCGGUUGGCGCUGGACCGGGAGGUGUGGAGGGACGUGGAUGUGAGCCCGCACCGGCUCAGCUCGCGCUCCCUGUGGCACCUUUUACGCCGGCGCUUCCAGCCCAGCAUGCGGUCGCUCCGGCUGCGAGGGACACUGCGCUCUGCUCUCAAGCCACGUCUCCUCUCCCCUGCGCUGCUGGCCGCCCUCGGAAAGCGCUGCCCCGAGCUCCACCGCCUCUGCCUGGUGGAGACAGAUCUCCGCUUCAUUCCCUACGGCAGCAUCCCUGCUUCCCUCACUGUGCUGGAGCUGAGCUGUUGCGAAAUCCCUUCUGCCUGGUUCUCCGCCGCCCUUCCCCACCUCCGGCACCUCGUUAUCCGCGACGUCCCAGCUUUUUCCGAUCGCCAUCUGCUGAACGUCUCAUCCUGGAGCCGCUUGAAGACGCUGAGCGUUUUUGGUGCCUACCGCCUAACGGACGCCGGGAUUUGCCAAGCGGCUCCGCGUCUGGAAGAGCUCGAAUGCCUGAGGCUGUGCCAGUGCGGCAUCGGCGACUCGGCCGCUGGCUCCAUCGGGCGCUACAUGGAACGCUUGCGCAUCCUGGAGAUUGGUGAGGAUCACGCGCUGACAGAAGCGGGUCUGAAUUCCUUGGGAUCCCUGCGGAGCCUGGAGAUGCUCAGCCUCAACCUUUACCGUACGGUUUCUCCCAGCGCCGUUAUCGCUUUGUGCCGAGCACUGCCCGGGCUGAGGAGCCUCCAGCUGCACGGGGUUCGCUUUGAGGAUGGAAUCAUGGAUGAAAUCCAGGCGGAUUUUCCCUUCUGUAGCUUUUCCGAGGCUCCUUGACAUGCAGCGAGGUACAGCAGGGAUUUUGAUCUUCGUUUACAUGCCUUAAGUGCCCUUUUUGUGGUAAAUUCUGCUUUCUGGGAGGCUCCAUGCAUAUCCUGGGAGCCACGGUGUCUGCUUUUGGGACAGAAUUUCCGUAGAGGCUAAAGCAGCAAUCUUGUCACACAAAAUGGUUUGUCGGAAACUUGGGUUUUGUAGGAUCCACCAUGGAUCUGGGCAGUCAGAAAGCUGGGGAGCACCCAGCUUUGAGAACAGAGUCACUCCUCAGAAGGAUAUUGGCGAGGAUGUUUUUAAACCAAAUAUUGCCUUUAUUUAAUAAAAAACACUGUCUAAUUCUGUUUCCUCAUACUGCAGCGUUUUAAUUGAAUGAAGAUUUUCCUUCAACUGUCUCAAUGCUUUAUAUUACGACCCCUCGGGUGUUGGAGACUGUGGAGUCGAUGGCCUGAGGCCACGGAGUCAGCGCCAGAGCCAGGCUGCAGUGAUCCAGAGCGUGGAUUUCUCUCCUGAUUUCACCCUUCGGUCCUAGCAAGGCUUUUCCCUUAGGCAGGAAAGCUGGGGAGGGGCAUUUAAUCAGUGAGGGCAGGGAUGGGAUGAGGGGAAUGGUUUCAAGCUGAAAGAGGAGAGUUUGAGGUGAGAUAUUGAGAAGAAAUGGUUUCCCAUGAGGGUGAGGAGGUCCAGGUUGCCCCGAGAAGCGGUCGCUGCCCCAUCCCUGGAGGUGUUGAGGGCCAGGUUGGAUGGGGCUUGGAGCACCCUGAUGCAGUGGGAUGCUCUAAGUCUGCUAAUUUGCUCCCAGUCAUUCAAUAUUUCCAGCUCCCCUCCUGCUUCCAGACCUGCAAAGCCCCUUUGGUGCUGCAGGAGCUCGGAAUCACCUCUUCUGUGUUUAGCAAUCAGGUGCUCCUGGAGCAAACUGCUCAGUUGGGACCAUCAGAUAUGGAAUCGCCUUGGUCGGAAGGCUGUGCCACCGGUCUUGCUGCUGUUCCACUGGGAACGCUGAGGUUCUUCCCCAUGUUGAGCGACGUCUUGGCUGUCUGAUGGGUUUUUAAUUGGUUUAGUGUUAUACCUUCGCUCUCCAAGCCUGGAGGGCGCUGGGAGAGACAGCGCUUGGAGUUUUAAUAUCACUAAUUACCGCAGCGUAAAUCCCUGAGCCAGUUGUUAUUAAGCCAGCAGCCUUGGGAUGAGUUCCAAAGCCGAGCUGGGACAUUUAUCCCUUGUUUAUUUGCCCUAAAGCUCCUGAGAUUGUGUGUAGGAGCGGAAAGGAGGUCAGGGCACAAAGACCGGUUGCUAGCGAGGUGCAGAGCAACGAGGGUUUCGUCAGGUGCGGGGUCACUGCCACCCAGGUCUGUCCGAAACCCAGCGGUGAUUGCAAAAGCGGAGUAGAGGGCGGGGGGAAAAGAGCUUCAUCCAGAGGCAGACCCAGAAACGGCUCAGCUGAGACAUUAAUCCUCUCAGGGGAACGCUCUGGUCUGAAGGGAGGGAGAAAAACCCAAUGAGGAAGGGUAGGGAACAUCAGGUUGCAUCUGGGGUGGUCUGGGGAAGUGGAAGAGUCUCUUGAGGAGUGUUAGGAGGAUCCAGGAGUUAGAGAGUUUCAUAAUUCGAAUCCUGGAAUGAUGGAAUAGUUUGGGUUGCAAGGGGCUUCGAAGAUCACCUGCCAUGGGCAGGGGCACCUUCCACUGGGCCAGGUUGCUCCUGGCCUUGAACACCUCCAACACACGUUUUAUCUCAACGUGAUGGUUUAAGUGAUCUUCAUGGCACAAAAUUGCUGCCGUUGGUCAAGUGGUCGCCCUUUGCUUUGCUGCUGGAGUCUUGUUUGGCAAAAAAAAUUCAUUGUUUGAGAAAUGUAGUGGAGCUUCUCACCAGCACCUCCAAAUCCUUCUCCUUAGGGCUGCUUCCAAUCCGUUCUCCGUCCAGGCUGGAUUUAUGCUUGGGUUUGCCCCAACCCCAGUGCAGGACCUUGCAAUGAUUGUGUUGAACUCCAUGAGGUUCACAUGGUCCCGCUUCUCCAGCCUGUUCAGAUCCCUCUUUGCCCAGCUCUGUUUUCAUGGAUGAGCACUUCUGUUGGGUCUCUCCUUGUGCCUUCAGCUUUGGUUUCCGAAUGAAAGACCAUUCCCUAUUUUCCUGACCUGCUCGUUCCUGCGUUUGGAGGAAACGCCUUCAAAAUUUGAGAAUUUGCCCCUUUUUAAUGCAAAGGGAUGGGGGAAAGUCAUAAA